AUGUGGGGAGGUACGACUACCCGCUCUCAAUUACAGCAAACUAUCAACUCCCUUUGGCGCGUGAAUGAGAUUCCUGAGGCGCCCACAGAGAACUCUGCUUCCUUUGGUAUAGAUUCAAUUCGUCAUUUGAGUUUCGCACGGGAGAAAGAAAUCGUAAACAACCUAGCGUUUCUAUCGGCCACGACGGACGAUAGCCGGAGGGUAAUGGCCGUCUGCAUCGAAGAGAGUAUCAGCGGAGAAGGGAUCACGAUUCGAAUAACGUCAAACACAGGAGACCUUUCUGCAGUUACCGCAGGUUUUAGAAGACUUGCAGAAGUCUUGGAGCGGGCGGCUCGACGAGAGAACUCUAGAACCAAGGAUACUGAGGCCCUUCUUCGGGAGAUCGUUAAGCUAGACAUAUCUCGAAUUUUGACAAGGUUACGGUCGCGACAUGUGAGAAGCUAUAAGUCUGUUGGAAAGCCUGCCCUUAUCAAUCAGCUUUGUCAAGCGAUCAAUGAUCCAUCCAUAAAGUAUAGGAGAGGCUUAUCAAAUGCCAGCUUAGAGGUCAACGCGGAGCGUUUAAAAGAUAUUUUCACUAGCCUGGAAGCCAUAUCGGACUUGAAAAAGGAGGGAUCUCAAGCACAGGAGUUGCUCAGCCUGAUCGUGAGAUAUGCCCACGAACUUACGUUAGCAACUGAUCUUAGCCGCGUUUUUCAGGGUGCAAAGCUCGAUCCAAGCCUGUUAAAACAUCUGCCAAUAGCAAUUAGUAAGCUUGGGCGGUAUUACGCUGCUGCUUCCGAGCUUAUCUGUGCUGCGAGGGAUAAGCAAUGCCCGGUGUUCCAUAAAAUCCAGGUAGAAUCAUUUCACGUCAAUAUACCAAACUCUGCCCACGGGAUCGGUCUGGUCCACGCUGAGAUCCAACUCCUCUUCUUUUACGAGAUGCAUCCGGGCCACCCGCGCCCGAGAGUUAUUUGUUCAAGCAAGAGUGCUUGUUAUUUGUGCAAUCUCUUCUUUGGUCUCCAUGGGGAAUUUUAUAUUCCAAGGAGCCAUGGCAAGCUGUAUAAUAAGUGGAUACUACCAGACUGGCUGGAUAUCCCGGCAGAACGCCAUAAAGUGUUUGCCGCCAUUACAGCCCAUUUUAAAGCAAUCCUGGAAAAGAAAGUAAGGAAAACUCCGCGAUCGAAAAAGGGAUGUUGCCAUCCAAAUGAAAGUGUGCUAUUCCCGCUUGCACACUGGCCAUCAUCGGUCACCUCGAAGAGCGCCUCCAUAGCUUCGCAAUCGACACUUCGGGCCCAGUAUACUCGCGUACGAGAAGCUAAUUUCGUAACGGCCUCGCCGGAUAAGAUACCUUUGACACCUCCAAAGACCCCAUCAGAGAAAUGUGAUGGUUUUCAGAGCGACAUAGAGAUAAGUCCAUGCAAUGUUAUAAUUCACAAGCCGAGUCUCCUUAGCAUGGUAAUCAUUGGGUAUAAUGAUUUGCCCUAUAGUGAAUCCAUCACUGUUGCAACGCCUCCAUUGCAUCUAAGGCUGGAUAAUUUGACUAUUCAAUUUGAUUUUAGCCGAACUUCCCCUUGCCGUUUAUCAAUCACACAGGCAGAAGAUCCAACGGGUGGUUAUCAUACCGUGAGAAUUGAGAACAUUCCCACAGCUGCCGAAAUGAUGCUAGGUUGUUCUAGCUCAAAUGGACUUGGAUUUCGAUUGCCAAUUGUGGGCAAAGAAGCCCUUUGUAUUUCGUUCGUAUGGGAUGUAUAG